GUGACAUUUUUUGGUUUGUUUUGUUUCAACCGAACCGCGUGCAUCAAUCACAUUUCGCUCAAUUAUUUGAUAGAGUCAGCGGGGCAUGAUUUUUUCCUCUUAAAAAUCCAAAAUAAAAAGAAGAAAUGCCAUAACAUCAUUGUUUGCAUUAUAGUGAGGCAGUUAGUUGUACGAUCAGAAAGUGUCCUGUUGUGUGUACUCAAUUCUUCAUUUUCAUCGAAGGCACUGUUUUCAUUGACCGGCUCAAUGGAAAACUUGUGGAAGAAAGAAUCGAAUCGUCCCAAAAUUUACGUGAAUCCUUUCAAAGGAAUCGAUGAAGAGUAUGUGGAACAAGUUUUUGAUUGGCUGCGCCAGCCCAAUAGACGCAGAUUGAGACAUAAAAUUGUUAGCCAGCCCAUUCCACAUGACAGACAGUUGCGCAAGCGAAAACUGACCGCUCCAAUUGAAGUUCCGCACAAACAGCGAAAAGUUGCUCCGAAGCAUGGAAAUGAACGAAAGGGUUUCAAUCGCAAAGCGCCACCGGCAUUUUCACCGAAGCUCAGCUUUGCUCGACAUAAUCAAUUCCCUGACAUAGCAAAAGUUCUCGACGUCAAACACGAUGCAAAAUUCGGCCGGCAUUUCAUUGCAAACCGCAAUAUUGAUGUUGGAGAGAUUAUUGCUGUGGGCAGACCUUUUGCUGAAGCGGUCGUUUGCUAUUCAUCGUCCAAAAAGUUCUAUUGCCUCACUUGCAAAAAGAUCGGCACCGAUUUCAUUGGCUGUGACAAUUGUGCGGAUGUAAAAUUUUGCAGUAAAAAAUGUCGAUCGUUGAAUCAUGCUCAUCAACUCGAAUGCAAUUCCAUCUAUCAUCGCAUCGAAAGCCUUGAAAUUAAGUUAGCAAUUCAAAUGGUUCUGAAUGCAAUCCAGGGUUUUUCUAACGCUGACGAUCUGAUCCGUUAUUUUGAAAAGUUGCUUGCGAACAAUUCAUUAUGCCAAAAUGGAUUGAUACUAAGCUUAACGAAAUCCUCACGCGAAGACAACAUCUUGCGAGCGUACAAAGCGUAUCAGUGCCUGAUGAACAUGAAGAGCAUCAACAAUUUGUUCAACUCGGAGCGAACAAAGCGUUUUCUAGCGCAUCUAGUGCUGCACUACUUGGCAAUCAUUCCAACAAAUGUCUGGGACAGUGAGCUCAAUGACGAGAAGAACUUCGCAAUGCGAUACAUCUACGGAGCUAUGUCUUUGUUUAAUCACAAUUGUGCACCGAACGCUUUUUACUCGAUCAAAGACAACUAUGGAUAUUGCCUGACAGUUCGGCCAAUUAAAAAAGGUGAGCAAAUUUUCGUCAACUACUUGGGAGAUCGAGUAGAGGAGUCGAAGGCCAAUCGUCAAAGUUACAUCAAACGAGAAUGGGGCUUCGUGUGCGAUUGUGAACGGUGUAAGCCGAAGUCGCGUCGAUUUGAUACAAGGGAAAUGGUAGAAGAUCCAUCAUGGGAGUACAUCAACAGCCACUUCGAAGACUACCUAUUCCCAUUGGGCUCGAAUCCUCGUAAUCGUCUGAGAGACGAAUGCGCCAAUUUUCUGCGAAGGCAUGGCAAUAAUUGGACCAAAACUCUGGACAACGUCAUCAAACUGUUCAUUUUGGCCAUCACACAUGAGAAACGAUGAAUAGGAUGCAGGAAAAGAAAGAAAGAAAUUGAAAUUGUGUAACGGUUUUUUGGAAACUUGCAACUUUUUCGGAUUUUGUGAUCGCUUUCAAUUUUUUCUUUCUGAAUUCUCUCGAGAAAUGGCAAAUUCCUAUAGAAAAUGAAUAAAUGAAGCCGCUUUCGUUGAAUAUUUCAGAAUUCAAAGAAAACAUUGAGAGUCAAUGAAUGACUGCCUGAUAUUGUGUUAACAACAGUUCAAAUAUAUUAGUAUUUAUUUUUGUUGGUUCUUCCCGAAAAA